AACAACAACAAGAACAACAUCAGCAACAGCAACCAGAGCACAUUGCAAAGUGCAAAGUGAAAAAAUGUUGGCAAUGCCCACGCUAAUGAUGCCAGCAACAGCACAAAUGACGCUCAGCAGUCAGCCAUUGUCGGUGGCCGCCAAGCCAUAUGAGACGAAAUUGUUGGCCAUCCACCAGACGCACUUGCAGCAACAGCAGCAGCAGCAGCAGCAGCAACAACAGGCGCCAGCACCGCAGCAGCAACAGCAGCAGCAACAUCAGGCCAACCUCAAUGUCAAGCAGUCGCAGCAAUCGUCGCAGCAAAUGUCGAUCAUCACCACGCAGCAGCAGCAGCAUCCGCAGUCUCAGUCGCCGCAUCAGCAGCAAUCGCAGCAGCAGGCUGUCGCUGCAGCUGCAGCAGCUGCCGCCGCCGCUGCCCAUCACCAGCAGCAGCAACAGGCCGCCGUUGCAGCUGCCGUCUGUGCCGCUCAACAACAGGCGGUUGCCGUACAACAGCAACAGCAACAGCAGCAGCAGCAGCAAUACCAAAUUCACUCGCAGCAACAGUCGCCGCAGCAGGUGCUCAGUGUUUCGCCUAAGCAGGAACAAUUCCACAUCUUUGUCGGUGAUUUAAGUUCUGAAAUUGAAACUCAGCAAUUGCGCGAGGCAUUCACACCAUUCGGCGAAAUCUCGGAUUGCCGCGUGGUGCGCGAUCCACAAACCUUGAAAUCGAAGGGCUAUGGAUUUGUGUCCUUCAUCAAGAAAUCGGAAGCUGAGAGCGCCAUUACGGCCAUGAACGGCCAGUGGCUUGGCUCGCGCUCAAUUCGCACGAAUUGGGCUACACGGAAACCGCCGGCGAGUAAAGAGAACAUCAAGCCGUUGACAUUCGAUGAGGUCUAUAACCAAAGCAGUCCCUCCAAUUGCACCGUUUAUGUGGGAGGCGUUAACAGCGCUCUCACCGCUCUCAGCGAGGAGGUGCUCCAGAAAACAUUCGCACCCUAUGGCGCGAUACAGGAAAUACGCGUCUUCAAGGACAAGGGCUACGCAUUUGUGCGUUUCUCCACCAAGGAAGCGGCCACACACGCCAUCGUUGGUGUGCACAACACCGAACUCAAUGCCCAGCCCGUGAAGUGCUCGUGGGGCAAGGAGAGCGGCGAUCCGAACAAUUCUCAGACUAUGGCCAGCCAGGCAUUGAACAGUGCUGCCGCUGCUGCCGCCGGCUUUCCAUAUGGCGUGAGUGCUGCGGCAGCUGCUGCCGCUGCCUAUGGCCAGCAGUUGGCUGCCACCGGCUGCUGGUACUCACCGACGCCAACUUAUCCGGCCUCGUCGGCCACCGCAGCCGCCGUGACACCAGCUGCAGCGGCGGCCAGUGCUGCGGCCGUGCAAAAUCAAUUCCUGCAGGGCAUCCAGGGCUACCACUUUGGACAGUACGGUGGCUACCAGCAGGGCUACAUGGGAAUGGGCGUGCAGAUACCCGCCACCUGGCAAGGCGUUACCCAAGCCCAGAUCUCGCCUGCCCAGCAAUUGGCAACAGGAGUUGCAGGCACAGCCAUUCCACAGGCCGCUGGCGUUGUUGCCUAUCCGAUACAGCAGUUCCAAGUGAGCCCACAGGUUUAUCCUUUACUUUUGCAGGCACAGUAAACAUAAAGCAAGCUAAAAUUAAACAAAAAGCUAAGAAUUCAAUCGAAAUGUUUAAGUACAGCAGAAGUUCUGACCAUACCCAAAACCAAAAAGUCAAGCUGUAAAUAAAAUGCGAAGCGCCGACACAAAAUUUACAAUUGACAAGAAGUUUGAAGGAAAGUUCCACGAUGAAAUCUUGAACGGUGCACCAAA